AUGUGGCAAAAUCGUCGUCGUCUGGACCACCAGAAGGGUCGUUGUUUCGUCAAAAGAGAGAAAAGAGAACGGGUCAGAGAGCGGAAGGAAAGAAAGAAAGCUCAUUUUCUUUCAACUAAAUGCGUCUCUGGAAACUGGAGAAAACUAUAA